UUGGUACAAAAAACAGUACACGUAAUUGUGUGUAUAAUCUGCAUCAAUCUUUGCUGAUUGAUUGGGUUUGAGUUUUCAUAACUCAUCUCCUUCACGGAAGUCUUUCCAAGAAGUCAUAACGGAAAAAUUAUUGUAACGUAUUUAUCUCAAAAAUAUGAUUUUGGGGCUAUAAAUCUGGAACGUCUCCUGAGUUUCUACACCUCGUCGAUUAGUUUUCUUUAAGGACCAGUGUUCUGUUUGUCUGAAAUGGACUUCUAAAUUCACGAAAUCUGUAAAUAAAAUCAUUAACUAUUGGCGGGUGCAUUGAAUAUUGAACUGUCACCUAAUUCUUAGAGCUAGGAAAGAAGUGAGGGAAGUUAUGUUUUUGGUUUGUUUCACGAGAAUUUUGUUGGUCACAAGAAAGUUGUCAAAGAGAAAGCUCUGAUUCUCAAAUGGUGCAGUUAUUGUUGCGCCUUAAUAAGUUAUUGCGUAGCAGGUGUUUGUGUUUUGUCUGCUUAGAACUAGUAUAUGCUGUGUCAUAACAAACCACAGGGAAAUCUUUCCUCUGCCUUAUUCACACCUACAUUGCAUUCUUGAAAUGGAUCAUUCUAGAGUACAAGUGGACCUGAAAGAAGGAGUAGAAAUUACCAAAGAUAAGAAUGGAAUUGGCCAAGUUCUGCUUCAUAAUUCCAGGGGAGCAUCAGCUCGAGUAAGCCUUCAUGGAGGACAAGUCCUUUCAUGGAAGACUGCCCAUGGUGAUGAACUAUUAUUCACCAGUAGCAAGGCGAUCUUUAAGCCACCAAGAGCCGUGAGAGGUGGAAUUCCUAUUUGUUUCCCACAGUUUGGGAACCGAGGUUCCCUGGAGGAUCAUGGAUUUGCCAGAAACAGGAUGUGGGUCAUUGAUGAACAUUCUCCACCACUACACCCCAAUGACUCUAGUGGAAAGGCAUUUAUUGACUUGCUAUUUAAACCCUCUAAGGAUGAUCUUAAAGUUUGGCCUCAUGGAUUUGAAUUUCGCCUUAGAGUUGCCAUGACAGGUGAUGGCUCACUCAUUUUGAUCUCCCGUGUGAGGAAUGUCAACUGCAAGCCGUUUAGUUUCUCAUUCGCCUUCCUCUCCUACUUUUUAGUAUCUGAUAUCAGUGAAGUAAGAUUGGAGGGUGUAGAGACUCUUGAUUAUCUUGACAACCUCCGCAACAGAGAACGCUUCACAGAACAGGGUGAUGCAUUGACAUUUGAAUCUGAGGUGGACCGAGUUUAUCUAAGUUGUUCAGAUGUGAUUGCUCUCUUUGAUCAUGAGAAGAAGCGGACUAUCUUUAUCAGGAAGCAAGGGCUGCCAGAUGUAGUUGUCUGGAAUCCAUGGGAAAAGAAAUCAAGAACCAUAGUUGAUUUUGGAGAUGAAGAGUACAAACAGAUGGUGUGUGUGAAUGGAGCAGCAAUUGAGAAGCCAAUCGUGUUGAAGCCAGGCGAGGAAUGGACUGGACGUGUGGAGUUAGCCAUUUCAUUUACAACAAUCUGAUCACCAUCAACUGUUAUUUUGCUUGCAGUUAGCGUGUUUUAUCACUUUUAUGUAUCUAUCAUUGCCAUUGAGGUGAUAUUAUGAGUGAAAAUGGGAUGUCUUUUAGUUGUGAUCCCUAGAAUUCUUGUAUCCAUAAAAACUUUAAUUCUUAAGCUGAUGAUUUUUUCGUUCUUUUUGAGUUGCAAGAACGAAAUUAGGAUUUAAUACGGAUUCAAAGACCAGAA